AUGGAAUUGAUUCGUUCACUCAAACUGAGAGAGGUUCAUUCAGAAGAAACAAUUGAAUUGAUUCCCGGGCUGCCUAACGAAAUAGCCCGAGAAUGUUUGCAUCAAGUUCCGCGCCAGCAAUUCGGGCUUGCUGCUUCAGUUAGCAAGGCAUGGAGGAUGGUGAUGCAGUCGCUCGACCGGAGGAAAGUGCUCGUGGUGCUAUCUGUGAGUCGACGUCAGUCCAAUCUCCCCAGAGGCUGUGACGAUUACUUUCUGGCGGUCUUCAACCCGCUCUCUGGACGGUGGUCCGCCCUGCCGCCGAUUCCUCACUCAAAGUUCGGGUUGCCGAGUUUCUGCCAACUGGCUGCGGUUGGUUCAGACCUUGUAGUCCUGGGAGGGUCUGAUUAUGUUCGGGCUCGGGGCAUGCUGAGCAACAACUGGGCAACAUUCUUUAGAUCCGUCUACAUAUACAGCUUCAAAUCCUCGAGGUGGCAACGUGGUCGUGACAUGCCAGGACGGGUCCGCACGGACUUUUGUUGUGCGUCCGAUGGCGUGCGGAUGGUGUACGUGGUCGGUGGGUGGUGCAGAACCUCGGACCUAUCAAAGUCUGCCAUGGCCUAUGAUGUGCAGACCGAUCAAUGGUUCACGCUGCCUGACAUGGCUAGGGGGUGGAAUGGGACCUGCAAAGCGACCUUCCAACAUGGCAACCUCCAGGUCAUUCGCAGCCUUGAAUUUGAUAAAUAUGACCCUCUCCAGAGACGAGCUGAGGACGGGGUUGGGAGGGAGACCGUCGAGGCAUUUGAUCCGGUGAAGUGGUGCUGGGAACCUGUCGAAGAACUUGCAGACCGCGUUUUACAGGACACCACGUUAUACCCCGGAACUUUUGUGGAAGGGAAUGACAUAACCGAAUCCACGUACAUGUGCGUAAAGGGAAAUGCGAUUGCAGCCUGGACCAGUUCCGGGUGGCAGGCAGUCGCGGAGUUGCCGAUUCCUUCGUUCAUGUCCGUUCAGGUGGUAAGGUGGGAUGGGAAGCUGAUGGUGUUUGGAUGGAACUAUGAUGAUUUAGGAAGCCAUAGGCGAUUAAGAGCCUAUUCUUUGGACCUUAAAACUAAUUUGUGGAGUCGAUUAGAAAUUCCCAAGGCAUUUUCUGCAGGUAAGGAUGUCAUGAAUGGAGCAUGCUGCUUGAAGAUUAAUUACCUUUAG